CUGGCAAGUUGAUUUUCCUGGACUUCUACAUUUUUUUGAUUUUUUACAAUUUUACUGUACUUGAAUAACUUAUAACUUGAUCUAUAAAUUCUAUCGUUCUAUCGACGGCCGAAUUAAUUUCAACAAUCUAUCACUGAUUUUUCGGGUUGUCGCUAGAUGUUCAUAAUUGUUGAGUGCCUGCCCUGGCAACGCAGUAGGCUGUGCGCGACUGUGUGGCUCUAAUCGCCAGCAUUAUGAGUGCGCGCAGGAAGCCAGCCGUUCGCAGCUCACACAGUCGCUCCCGACCAUCCCCUUCACACAUCCCGGAGAUGCACGACACCCACUCCCCCGUUGCCACUCCCAUCUCCGUCGACAGUCUCCUGCGUGGGUUCGCCGAGGUGCAGAAGAAGUUCUCUCAUCUCCUGAACGUUAUCGAUCAGAAGGAGAAGGUGGGGCUGCUGACGGAAUCCCUGGGCGCCUUCAGUGUGGGUAUGCAGAGUCUGCGCGACAUCGCCGCGGCCAUUAUCGAGAAAGAUCCGCAUUUUGCCUGCUUGAACCGCGUGUUUGAGGAUUUGUGGCUGGUAGGAUUUACGCGACCGCUGAAGCUGUCUAACAAAUUGGAGAAUUUGAUUAAAAUCCAGGAUGCAGCGUUUUCCCUGCAAGCGUGGCGGAAUGCGUUCAUGUUGGAAUGGCAAGGAUUUCUCUGCAAUCUGCGGGACAUGAUUAGCAUCUAUCAGCAUCCGCAGACCGCGCUGCGUCUCUUGCCCAGUCUACGCCAGACACUUCCGGCCAUGUACGCCACCAAGGAAGCCCAAGUCAACCCAUUAAACCAUCUGCCGCUGAAUUAUAUCCUCCGCGACAUCGCCCUGUGUCUGGCGCGCACGUACUCGCACGAGAACAGCGAACUGGAGAAGUCGUGGAUGCGCCGCGCCCUGGACAUCAACCAGCGCCUGCGCGGCAUCCCGUAUCGCGAUGCCUGGGAACAGCUGGUUAGCAAGAGCGAAAAAGAACGCCAAGACACGCCGAAAGAGCAGCAGGCGGUCCGCAUCCUCGGGCGGGAGGGAGACUUCCCGUACUUCGUUAUGGAGCUGGAGCCGACGGGACAGGAGGUGGUUACGGAGACUGAGCAACGCCGGGAGGAGAUGGAGAAGCCGGUGAAUGGCGCGCAGGACGUUGGAUUUACAGCGGAUCAUGGCGUGUGGACUGCGGAACCGGAGAAGCCGCCGAACGGAGCGAAGAGCGUGGAUUAUGGAGCGGUGGUGGCCAGUCAACGCGAUUUGCAGGUGCUGCGUAUGUUCAAGUCCCGUAACGCCUUCAUCCAGGGACUACUGCAGGCGGCGGAAGAUCAGGGCCACAUUAGUCCGGAUGGGAAUGAGGCGUAAAACCAUACAACAUCCUCUAACCAGGACAACUAAUUCGCCGGAAGUGACAAUAUUCCUGUGGCCGUGACAAUGCAUGCCAUUGACUGCUGGAGCGAUGGACGUUGCAACAGCGUGGAUGUGUCCAUCUUUCUCCCGAAUGGAGGACGGCGUCGAUGGUAAUGACGCCCGUGACGGAGCAUUGGUGAAAACCAGUCGCUAAUUGUUUUGGAUUGAUUUUUGGACAAUGAGUUUUCGUUGUGGAACACACGGGAAAAGGGUGUGUUGUGUGGUGUUGGUUAUGUUUUGUUGUGUGUUUGUCGCAUUGGCAUAACGUUUGGGUUUUUGGUUGAGGAUUGAUUGGAUAUUUAAUGCUGAUAUUGAGAUCUUAUUGUCUGAUUUUGGCAUUGAUACCUGCUGCAUGUCGUUUAGAUUUUGAUCUGGCAUUUUAUAAAAUUUAGGUGAGAAGUGCUACAAUAAUCUACAAUAAUAC